UUCGUCGAUAUGUUUAUCAAAGGAAAGGCACUCUGUGAAAUGCUAGACAGGUCGGUGAUAGAGCAUUCGUCGCGGAAGGCACCGAUUCGAUUCUCGAUUUACACUAAGGAAUCUUUGAUAAGAGACAUUAAUUCACUUAAUGGAUGCAUAAUUAGUACAAAGUACAUAAAUUCAAUGUAACUAGACAAUAUAUAUUGUCGCGAUAUACUGCGUUUCUUGGGAUGAAUUUGGUACAAAAAUCCAAUAGAAUAGAAAGAAGACCACUCAUUCACGCUCGAUCGGUCCGGACGAGUUAAUAACGAGGUCUCUUAAUUAGACAUUCACCGGAUCUGACAAGAUUCGUUGAAAUCUCUCACUUUGUUUUAUAUAUUAAAUAAAAAAAAAUAUAUAUAUAUAUUAAUUGUUAAAUAUUAGUGAAAUAAUGGAAUGGCCAAACGAUAAAGCUUUAUUAUUUAUUAGUGAAAUUGAAAACUUGCCUAUUUUAUGGGAUUCUUCAGAUCCAUAUUAUAAAAUUAGUAGGAAGAAGAAUGAAACUUGGGAGAAUCUUGCCAACAAAUUCGGUACAACAGUACUGGAUGUUAAAAAGAAGUGGCUUUCAUUACAGGCAUCAUAUAGAAGAGAGAGAAUCAAAGUGAUUGAUUCUACAAAGGGGUCUGAAAAAAAGAUAUCAUCUAGAUGGUUUGCAUAUCGUGCUAUGAUGUUCUUGGGAGAUCAUUAUAAGCCAAGAGGAGCAAGAAGUACUUCCGAGACUUCUGAAAUGCAUCAACAAGAGGAAAAUAGUAACCAUAAGAAUUACAAAGGCAUUAAUGAAAUGGAAAUGCAUUCAUGUCCGAAAGUAGAAACUACUUUGCAUGAAUCAGAGAGAAACUUACGAUUGCGUAAUAUUCCGUUACGAAAAAAAUAUUUGAAAGUACUUCAUUCUCAAGAAUUAAGUACUUCAAAGAAGAAAAAGAUUAAUGAAGAUAACAAACCAAGUGAAAUGUAUAUUUUAAAGACCGUUGCGGAAAAAGAAUCUCAACGAGAUGAAAACGAGACCUAUGGUGAAUACGUGGCGUUAACUUUGAAGAAAUUAGAUAAUUAUUCACGUAUAAUGGCUAAACAUUAUAUUAAUGAGAUUCUCAUAGAAGCAGAAUUAGGAAAGUACAAAGAUUCAGUACCUCAGCGAUCGCCAACUCCUACGACCUAUUCCGGUAUUUCACCAUCACUUUCUGUAUAUUCCUACCAAUCUGGAGGUUCCAAUAACGUAAUUUCUUCUGAACCAAAUCUAUGAUCACCUGAAGAGAUAUCAAUAACAUUACUAUUAUUUUGAUCAUUUUUAUUUUUUUGCAAGCUUCUAUUAAGUAAAUAUAUAUUAUUUUUUCUGUUAUUUUUGUAUUUACUUUUCUAUUUUCUUAGAAAUAGUAGAUUGUUGUUAACGUUCAUAUAUUUUACAAACUGUUUUACAAAUUUUCUUAAAAUAAAAAUUGUUAUAAAAAUACAUUUUUAAUUACAUAAAUUGAAUAAUUUUGUGAUAAAGCUUUUAUUUAAAAAAAUAAGUAACUUUAAAUAUAAUGUUAAGAUUGCCUAAUUUAGUCUGCAGCGGAUCUUGCUGAAUAUAAUUUUUCUAUUUUAAUAUUUUCAAUUUAAAUAAUUUAUUGCAAAAAAUUUUAUGUGAUAAAAUUUUAGAGUAACAUUUCAAAGAGUUGUACACACUUUAGAAAUAAUUUUAAAAACAAUUUGUUUCGAGAUCUUGAAUAAGUAACUAGAAAUCUUGAUUUACUAAAU